AAGAAUUAAAAUGUUUCUAAUUUUCCUUCUCUUGCCUUUUGGUUUAUCAAGUGCAGAUAACUGGGUGAAAGAGAUUCAGACUGCAAAUCAGAAUUCAUUUACAUGUGAAAUGUGUGAAUUGACGAGUAUUUACGUGAGAGAGUUCGUUCUUAACAAUUCAACAGCUGAAAACUUACAAAAGGUUUUAAGUGAGUUCUGCAAUAUGCUUUACAAGAAGAAUUCAGAAAAAAAGACGGAGUGUAAAAUCAUUUCUCAGAACAUGUCCCUAGACUUGACCCAGUUUCUUCAGCAUGUUUUUCAAGAUGAAUCUGCUCUGUGCACGUCCCUCAGUGCUUGCAGUAGUCCAUCUGAAAAAAUGACGAAGGUGAAUUUGAGUAUGUUAGGCUAUGAGUCCUGCAGUAUCUGUAAAUAUGUUCUUAACAGUUUACAAAACUCAGUCAGUAAUGCAACAAAUGUAGAGGCGAUAAAACAAACACUUUAUCCUUUCUGCUUUGCAGAGAAAGCAUGUGAAAAUUAUCUCGAUGAGGUUUUCGAAGAUUUGGAAAACAAGCUGAGAAAUCCACUAUUCUCACAAUCGGUUUGUAAAACAAUUGAAGCAUGUGACCCAGAAGACCCAGAAAGGAAUAGGGUUAAGCCUGAUCUUAAAAUCCGAAAAGAGAAAAUAAAGAAUCAGUUGUUUGCCUUCUGCUCAAUAGAAUAUGAUGUGAGUGUUUGUGAAAGCUAUGUAGCAGAAUAUACAGACCGUAUUGAGAAAAUGCUAAGAGAUAAAAUUUCUGCCGAUUUGAUAUGCCAAGAACUGAAUUUUUGUGCAAAAUCAUUAUUGAAGAAGGAUUCUGAAUAUCCCGCUAGGCCAGCACAAUCCUCUAAUGAGGAGACAUGCAAGCUAUGUGAGAAAAAUAUGCGGACAGCAUUUUUAAAAAUUCUAAACAAGGAUAAUUUGGCUCUUAUUGAUAAAACAGUUCUCCCUAUUUGUUCAUAUCCAUGGUUUAAGGAUUCCACUGUUUGUACUACUGCAAUUUCUAAUCUUGGGCCAAAAAUUUUGGCUGGACUGAUUAGGAUUGUCUGUACAAGAUGA